GGUAAACAAACGCCACUCGCAAUCCGCUCAGCUGUUCGGCAUUUGAGUCGUACGCGUGUACCUAAAUUAUUCGCAUGAGUCCGAUCCGGGAUGGACUAUUUACAGACCAUUUGUCGGAUCUGUGAAUCCCAGGAAAACUUGUGCGAUUUAACCAACAAGCUGAACGAAAAUGUAGCCCAGAAGCUAGUGGCGCUGACCACCAUUAGGAUCCAACCAAACGACCCGCUUCCGCGAUGCAUUUGUGUAGAGUGCGUGAACACACUGAAUCUGGCGUACGACUUCCUGCUGCGAUGCGAAGCAGCCGAGCAGAAGUUACAAGAGGAGAUCCAGAAGCAGUGUGCUGAUGAGGAAGGGCUUACAGUGGUAGUUGAGGUUGAGAAACCCAUGGUCGAGUAUUUGUUGGACACGCGCGGUGAUGAGAGCUUGGAAGAGGAGGAUGAUCGAUCCCCAAUUGACGAUGACACUGUCGAGGAAAUUGUAGAGGAGGAGGAUCAAGAAGAUGAUAAAUGCCAGACUGUGAUGGCAUUGGAAGAAGAACGAUUGGAAGGGAGUGAAGAGAUGGAGCUGAUCUAUGAAACCAUACCGGGAAAGUACACCAUUGAAAAUUGUUUGGAGGAAGAGGAACUAGAACCCAAAGUAGAGUUUGAUAUCGGGGAGGAAACUUUGAAGGAUACUACCAUAGAGGAAGCCUACAGUCCAUCCACCCAGCCGAACGAGAGUGAUGGAAAAUUUCAAUGCGAAACGUGUGGCGCAAGCUUCGAAAAAUGUACCGAACUGUAUCAGCACAUCAAAAACCACGGCAAAGCACGCUUUCAGUGCAAGGAGUGCGGUCGGUGGUUUUCGCGGCGGGCUCAUCUUCUGAGCCACGAAGUUAUACACACUGGCGAGCGAAACUUCCAGUGUCAAAGCUGUCCCAAUGCUUACAAAAGUGGUCGAAAUUUGAGGAGACACGUUAAGAGUGCCCAUCUGGGGGAGAAGCCCUUCGUGUGUGAUCUCUGUGGGAAGGAGUUUUCCCAAAAGACGGUUCUGGAGGCACAUCACAGUACUCACAUCCAGGAGAAGAAGUUCUCCUGUGAGGUGUGUUUGAAAUUGUUCAAAUCGAGCAAAUCACUUAAAUUGCACCUGGUCCGACACGUGCGGAUCGAGAAACCCAAACAGGAAACCGAUCCAUUGGAGUGUGAUGUUUGCCAUAAGUUCUACUCGAGUAAGAUUUCGCUGAGGAGUCACAAACAAAUGCAUUCGGACACGAAGAUCGCGUGCACGUUUUGUGGUAAAAGUUUCAAAAUAUUGGCCCAUUUGAAGGUCCACCUGCGAAGUCACACCAAAGAGCAGCCAUAUGAGUGCGGCGAAUGUCACAAAAAAUUUGGCUACGAAUCCUCGCUGAAAACCCACCAACUGGUCCACUCAAACGAACGACCAUACAAGUGUGACCUGUGCAACGUUUCGUUUCGUCAACUGAACCAUUUGAAAGGACACAGAUUUCUACACAGCGGAGAGAAACCCUUCGAGUGUGAGGUGUGCAAGAAGACGUUCGCUCUCCGAGGAAACCUAACGAUACACAUGCGAACUCAUGGGGGGCCGGACAGCAGUCCUUUCCAGUGCCGUUUGUGUGAGGGAAAAAAGCUGAACGAUUCAAAUGCAAUGAAGCGGCACCUAAAGGUGCAUCCCACAGCGAAGGUCGUGAAGAUGGGCACACUGACGGUCAUAGUGGAGCAGGAUGUGGUGGUGGAACAGGAAACGACAAACCAAUUGGCGGUAUUCGAAAAGCCGUUGGAUGGGCAGCAGUUGGUAGAAGCGGUACAAAGCUGACAUUGAAGAUGGCAUAUACUCGAAAUAUCACAUUUAUUCUUGUUAAUAGCCGUAUCUGCUUCUGUUCGAACGUAUUCGGAAGGAGUAUCUUUGGUUCCGGCCCUAUGAAUCCACUUUCAAAUGUAAACACUGUUGGUGUUACAGGGUGUUACCAGAUGUGUUUGGAAAUUUCAAACUUAUCUAGGGAAGUUGAAUUGUCAAAUCCAGGGCGGCCACCCAUUCAGGAAAAGCGGGAAAUGCGGGAAAAGUAGGGAAUCGAAAUCCAUCGGAAAAAGUCGGGAAUCGCUUCAUGAAGACUGGAUUUUUCGCUCAGUUUCUUUUCGGCGUUCUAAAAUGUUAUAGCGAAUUCGUUUUUAAAACUGAGUCAGUGCCAAACUGACUCUGUAAUAAAAAAAAACGUUUUCAGUUUCAUGAAUUCGGUGGUUUGUUGGUGUGCGUUAUAUAGUCUGAUUUGUUUACAUUUGCGACGACAAAUGUACAGUGUUGACAUCUGGUGGUGAUAUUAGUGCUUAGGAGGUAAAUUAUUCUCCAUCAGAUCAAAAGUGCCAAGUGCAGUGUAAAAAUAUAAAAGUUUGAAUGAAAAUUUUUACUUUAUAUUUUUUGAUUACCUAACAUAUGUAGUUCUGACACUCACUUAACCAUUUGUCGAUGCUUUUCCUGUUUGU